CAUCGAUGCUGCGACUGAGGCACCAACGGUAAUAAUGUCGCUUCAGUGACCUAGUAUUAAAUAAAGCGACGGUUAUGUAGAUGGGAGGUAGCGGUGGAUUAUAGCAUCGCCUUGGCCAUUUUAAAUACUACCGGUACAUUCAGGAAGACCUGACAGCGUCGAAACUCUACUAAAAAAUCAAUCGUUUAUCCCGCAGUGUAUUUUUUGGUAUAAUUUCCCGGAUCAUGCUGAAAUCAGAAGGAAAACGCAUAGCAGAAAAUCAUCAUUUGCCUUGAGCAGCGCUGCAGUGCGAUCACUCUGCCUCUCUGCCCUAUUAGAUUUCAGCAGCAGAUCGAUCUACAAUACCACACCGCAUUGGGUUAUAUCUGGGAUAUUCUCUCUUGUCGCGGUUUAGUGUAACGCUUUUGGUAUAACGGAAGUCACUGGUUUGCAGAGGAUUGAAUUACAGUUAAACUGGGAUGGACAAUGCCCAUACAAAGACGGUUGAGGAGGUGCUGGGAUAUUUCGGUGUCAAUGAGACAACGGGACUGAGCUCUGAGCAAUUAAGGAAAAGCAGGGAAAGAUGGGGCCCCAAUGAGUUACCUGCAGAAGAAGGGAAGUCACUAUGGGAACUUGUUCUGGAGCAGUUUGAGGAUCUGCUAGUUCGGAUUCUCCUCCUUGCCGCCUGUAUUUCCUUUACUCUGGCCUGGUUUGAGGAAGGUGAAGGAACCAUCACAGCCUUCGUAGAGCCAUUUGUCAUUCUCCUCAUUCUUAUUGCCAAUGCCAUUGUAGGAGUGUGGCAGGAGCGUAAUGCAGAAAAUGCCAUCGAAGCCCUAAAACAAUACGAGCCUGAAAUGGGGAAGGUGUACAGACAGGACAGGAAGAGUGUACAGAGGGUCAGAGCCAGGGACAUUGUGCCUGGAGACAUUGUGGAGGUGGCUGUUGGUGAUAAAGUCCCAGCAGACAUCCGACUGACCUCCAUACGCUCUACUACUCUGAGAGUGGACCAGUCCAUCCUGACGGGGGAGUCUGUAUCCGUCCUUAAACACACCGACCCAGUGCCUGACCCCCGUGCCGUCAACCAGGAUAAGAAGAACAUGCUCUUUUCUGGGACAAACAUUGCAGCAGGGCGAGCAAUAGGUGUUGUAGUGGCCACAGGUGUGCACACAGAGAUCGGGAAGAUCAGAGAUGAGAUGGCAGCCACCGAUCCAGAGAGAACCCCUUUGCAGCAGAAACUAGACCAGUUUGGAGAGCAGCUCUCUAAGGUGAUCACAGUGAUCUGUGUGGCAGUUUGGGGUAUUAACAUCGGUCACUUCAGUGACCCAGUGCACGGAGGCAGCUGGCUGCGUGGAGCUGUGUACUACUUUAAGAUCGCAGUGGCUCUGGCUGUAGCCGCCAUCCCUGAGGGUCUUCCUGCUGUCAUUACCACAUGCCUGGCGCUUGGCACACGGCGCAUGGCCCGCAAAAAUGCUAUAGUCCGUUCCCUCCCAUCUGUAGAGACGCUUGGCUGUACCUCCGUCAUCUGCUCUGACAAAACGGGCACUCUUACCACCAACCAGAUGUCUGUCUGCAGGAUGUUUAUUGUAGACGGCGUCGCAGGUGAGAGGUGUUUACUGAAUGAAUUUACAGUAACUGGAUCUACUUACGCCCCUGAAGGAGAAGUGUAUAAGGACGGUGUACAGGUACGCUGCAGUCAGUAUGAAGGGCUGGUGGAAAUGGCCUCUAUCUGUGCCCUGUGUAACGACUCUUCACUGGAUUACAAUGAGAGUAAAGGUGUUUUUGAGAAAGUGGGAGAAGCGACUGAGACGGCUCUCUGUUGUCUGGUGGAGAAGAUGAAUGUGUUCGACACAGACCUGGCAGGCCUCUCACCUGCUGAAAGAGCCACUGCCUGCUGUUCAGUCAUAAAGCAGUUAAUGAGGAAAGAGCUGACUCUGGAGUUUUCUCGAGACAGGAAGUCCAUGUCGGUUUUCUGCUCUCCAAACAAACUCACUCGCUCUGCUUCAGGUGCCAAGAUGUUUGUCAAGGGCGCACCAGAGAGUGUGCUGGAGCGUUGCCGCUGGAUACGGGUAGGAGGUGGUACACGGGUACCGCUGACCUCUGACCUCAGGGAGCAACUCUUAAGUACAGUAAGAGAGUGGGGGUCAGGUCGUGAUACACUACGCUGCCUCGCUAUGGCAACCAGGGAUUCACCCCCAGACCCUCGAACCCUGAACUUGGAGAACUCUGCAGCUUUCACUGAAUACGAGUCGGACUUGACAUUCGUUGGCUGUGUGGGAAUGUUAGAUCCACCAAGAAAGGAAGUGCUAAAUGCGGUGCGCAUGUGCAGACAGGCUGGUAUACGGGUCAUUAUGAUUACAGGUGACAAUAAGGGCACUGCUCUGUCUAUCUGUCGUCGAGUGGGCAUCAUCACUGAACAGGAGGAAGAGGAGGCUGAAGGUGGGCCGUAUGGCAGCGGCCUCACAGGACGGGAGUUUGAUGAGCUGCCUCCCCACCUGCAGCGACAGGCCUGCCGCACCGCCCGCUGUUUCGCCCGCGUUGAGCCAACGCACAAAAGCCGCAUUGUAGAAUAUUUGCAAAGCCUCAGUGAUAUUACAGCGAUGACGGGUGAUGGUGUGAAUGAUGCCCCGGCUUUGAAGAAGGCUGAGAUUGGCAUUGCUAUGGGCUCAGGCACGGCUGUGGCUAAAUCUGCUUCAGAGAUGAUCUUGGCAGACGAUAACUUUUCAACUAUUGUGGCCGCAGUGGAGGAGGGCCGAGCCAUUUACAACAACAUGAAACAGUUCAUCCGUUACCUCAUUUCUUCUAACAUUGGAGAGGUAGUCUGUAUUUUCCUCACCGCUGCUUUGGGAAUGCCUGAGGCUCUGAUUCCAGUUCAGUUGCUGUGGGUCAAUCUGGUUACGGAUGGAUUUCCAGCUACUGCUCUUGGCUUCAACCCUCCUGACCUAGACAUCAUGUCCAGACCCCCACGCUCCCCUAGAGAACCACUCAUUUCUAGUUGGCUCUUCUGCAGAUAUCUCAUCAUUGGCUGUUAUGUAGGGGCAGCAACAGUCGGAGCUGCUGCCUGGUGGUUCAUGGCAGCUCAUGAUGGACCAAAGCUCACCUUCUACCAACUGUCUCACUAUCUGCAGUGCAGUGAAGGCCAUGCUGAGUUUGCAGGAGUGCAGUGCUCAGUGUUCGAGUCUCCAUAUCCCAUGACUAUGGCGCUGUCUGUACUGGUCACUAUAGAGAUGUGCAAUGCCCUCAACAGUUUGUCAGAAAAUCAGUCUCUACUCAAAAUGCCACCAUGGUCAAACCCCUGGCUGGUGGGAGCCAUCUGUCUUUCUAUGGCCCUACAUUUUCUCAUCUUAUAUGUGGACCCUCUUCCUGUCAUAUUUCAGAUCCGGCCGUUGUCUUGGCCCCAGUGGGUGACUGUUCUCAAGAUGUCUCUGCCAGUUAUUUUAAUGGAUGAAGCCCUGAAAUUUUUGGCCAGAAACUACAUUGAGCCUGGCAGCGAUCUGCAGCUGGAGGAGGACGCAAACGCAGCCGGAGGGGUGAUUGGCAAGCUGCGACGGGCAUUUAGGGGGGUGUCCUGGUCAUUUGUGCUCAUCUCUGGCCCAUUGCUGGUCUGGAUCUUCAGCCUGGACUCAGACAUUACCAACAUCUUCUGGGAUUAGACAGAGGGAGCAUGUGUGUGUGAGUGUGUGUGUGAGUAUGUCUGAGUCACAGAGAGGGAGGCAGACAGAAAAGUGGCUGAUGCACAGAAGCAGUGUAGAACGAAUUUGGCACUCAGCGUGAAAAAUGGAGAAGUAUGAAUGAAAUGUAGAAGCAGGACCAGGACAAUCACAGAUUAAGGAAUGCUGGGAAAUGCUAGGAACAGAUGGAGCGAGGGGAAAUUAAAUUCAGUCUUAUAAAAUGGCAAGUUUUGUGCUCAUGACCACCUUUUUCAGCUGACUUAUGUGUCACUGGUUUUGCAUUAUUCUUUAGUUUUUUUUAUUAUUAUUUGUAUUAUUUAUUUUUAUUGAAAAUAAGUUAAAAUACACAAUAAAUCUGUUUUUAGUUUAGCCUGAAAUUUUAAUAAAAUUAAUCAAUUUUGUUUUAUAAAAUUAGCUGCUUUUUAAAGGCUGCGUGUGAAAUUUCUGUGUUACUAGCGACACCAAAUGCCUUAUGUUUGUUUAAGCAGCCUGACCAGGUGAGACAUAACAUUUGCUCAACCAAUGGCAUGAAUUUAAUGGGAUUAUCAUUUUAACUGACUUAAAUUUGGUGCCGCUACUGGCACAGAAAUGACACGUUUCCCUUUUAGACAACGUAGUUGAAACACCCCAAAAGUGCUGCAAUUGUCUAUCAAAGACUCAUUUAUCAUGUAAAAUUUUAACCACAUGCAGUCACAUAUCCCUGAUUUCAUUCUUUUUUUUAUAUACAUUUCGUAUUUGUAAUGACGGCUAAUUUUGUUGGACCCAAAAAUAAUUAAAUGAAAUGUCAAAGGAAGUUUGACAAGUAAAUUUUUUUUUUUUUUACUUUUAACUUUUGUUCCGAUAGUUAUCUGUUUGAUGUAACCUCACUUUCUUGGGAUAAAACGCACAUCUGUUUUUUGUUUUUAGCAGAAUACUCUUAUGUUUUCUGGCAUUUUCUAUUUAUUAUUGGUACCCAAACCAUUGUUUUUGUAUCAAGUCACAAUGUCAGUCAUCUCUUAACAUAGUCCACAUUGUGACAGUACAAAAAACCUAAACAUUUCAGUGUCUUAUCUGGUACGCUUCCUUGUAUUAAAUUUUUGAAAACAGUCACUCUCAAAUUUUGAAAUACUAUUUAGAUUCUUCAACUCUGUGGCUUAUGAUCUUUUAUAUUCGGAAAUGACAGCUAUACUGUGCUUCAUUGAAACUGGUCAUACAUGUCACGCUGCAUGCACCGUCACAUCUCUCAUUCCCUUUCUUGUGGGGCCGGGGUUUAGACCUCAAACUCUCACUUUGAGUCAUUACUUUCGAAAUGAAAAAGGGAUUUUCUGAAAUAUUUAUAAUGUGACUGCUUUAAUUUUAUUGCUGUGCCUGUAUGGUGGGAAUAGUUGUUUUGCCUGCCUUUUCCCCAUUUCCUGUGAGUCUGUCUGACCACGGGCCAUUAAAAUUUUUUUAUUAAGACCAAACAUCAUUAUCAGGUGCCUGAUCAACUUUUGGCAGUAGCAUCUGUACUUGAUCUGAGCCCCCUCCAAAAAAAUAUUUUGAGUUCCAGGAUUGGUUGAAGAUUAAUUGUUAUUAAGAACAGCGGAAAACAGGGAGCGAUGUCAAGUUCCAGGGGAAAUAAGGAACAGGUUUAUGUUCAUAAUCAGUUUAGUUGAUGUCAUUGUUUCCCUCAUCCAUCUCUCAGUCUUAUUUUAGUGUUUGUUUUUUCAUUGAAAACCAUUCCACAAAAAGGAGCUUUAUAAAAGAAUGAAAACCCUGUUCUUUCUAACUGUGUCAUUUAGAUAUUUAUUUCCUAUUUCUUGAAAAAGAAUACAUUUUGAAUUUUGUAGUAUUUUGUUAUUCAUACAGUUGAUACCAUAAAUGUCAUUUAAUUGGUUUUAUUAACAGGGAAAUGGAAACUGCUUCAUGAAACGGAAAAUAAACUCUUGAUUUCAAAUUCA